UAUUGAAAAAGAAAAUUAUUUUAUUGGCGGCGCCUGUGAAUUUCACCAUAUGAAUGACUUAAGGAUUAACAUCUAUAUUAAAUUAAUUCUUCAAUCCAAUUUUUAGUGCUGGGAGAGAAAAAGAAAUUCAUCUUCUUAUAGAAGAAUUUUUUGACGACCUCAAAGGGUGGGUAUACUUGGGGAACAAGUAUAGAAAGGAACCCUGUAGAUUUUGUAAUGUGUUAACAGUUAGAUGAUAGAUACUAUUUCUAGUUCUAUAAUUUGCGGUAAAUAUACUUGUCAGCGUGGCAGUUCGACUGAAUCAAUGGCUCCAUUGAAAGCCCAGAUACAGAUGCAACUUCUCAGGGAAAUGAGAUCAGAGGCCUUCGCAAAACAUAACCAAAACCAAGCGAACAGGAAAAUGGAAAUAACUGAAGGGAUCGAAUAUGAUGAAAAUAGAGGUCAUGGCCGACUAGUGCAGAUGUGUAUUGCUGAAGCUUCUAAGAGUAAGGAGAUGGUGGAGAUAUGGCGGCGACAGAGGCGGACUUUGGAAAGAAUGCCACAUCAUCUAGCAGGCCCCCUUUUCCAUUGCCUACUUAAGCAGCGCUUGCUUACACCAUCUCUUCUUGAGGCCUUUCAACAGAGCAUAGAAGAGGUAAAUUUGAAGGGAGAAACCCUUGUUGAUGCAGAAUGGAUGGCAUAUUUGGGAGCUUAUCGCCAUUUGCGUGUUGCAAACUUAGCAGAUUGCAAGGCAAUGAAUGAUUCUGGUCUCUGGCAUCUUGCUGGAAUGACAACCUUGGAGGAACUGGAUUUGUCAAGGUGCUCAAAGAUUACUGAUGCAGGUGUAGAGCAUCUUCUCUCCCUUUUGAGCUUGAAGAAAUUAAGUAUUUCAGAAACUGGAAUAAAAGCUAGUGGAGCUGCUCGACUCUCUAUUCUGACAUCUCUUACCUCAUUGGACAUGGGCGGUUUACCUGUCACAGACUCGGUAGUUUCAUCAUUGCAAGUAUUAACUCUGUUACAACAGCUGGAUAUGUGGGGUAGCCAGAUUUCUAACAGAGGAGUUGCUCUUCUUAAAGCUUUUCCUAAGUUGAAUUUCCUGAAUUUGGCAUGGACAAAUGCCACUCAAGUUCCAGUAUUGUUUUCUCUAAAGUCCUUGAACAUGAGCAACUGUACCAUAGAUUCCAUUCUUGAUGGGAGAGAAGAACCUGAAAUGUCAUUAUUGUCACUACAUUUCUCUGGGGCAAUUUUUAUCAAUGUCUCCCAAGUUUUUUCUUCUCUUGGAACUGAAAACGUGUCUUUGCUGGAUCUAUCUUCAUCUUCUGUGGAUAAUGCAUUCUUUCUUGCCGGUAUGAAUAAGCUUGAGUGCCUAGAUCUCAGCUGCACUGCAGUAACAACUUCAUCUAUGACUUUUGUGGCUGAUAUAGGGCCAAAUUUAAAACAACUUAAUCUAAGCUCUACAAAAGUUAGUUCUGAGGCUUUAUCCAUUUUAGCUGGAAAUGUUCCAAAGCUUGAAUUUAUUUCAUUAUCUUACACGACUGUGGAUGAUGGCGCUCUUGCAUAUUUGGGCCUCAUGUCUGCCUUGCGUAGGAUAAGCUUGAGCCACACAAAUAUCAAAGGUUUUGUUCAUGGUGGAGAGAAUGGGUCUAGUCCAAUAUUCUCACUGGCUUUCUUGCAACAACUUGAACAUUUGGAAAUUCUGGACUUGGAAAACACUCACGUUUCUGACUUGGCCUGUCAGCCCCUUACUUUCUUGAAGGAAUUGCGUUGUCUAUCUCUCAGAAGUGACUUUCUCUCGGACAUUUCUCUUCUUACAGUGUCUUCUCUUCCAAAGCUUAAUUAUCUUAGCCUCCAAGGGGCUGUUGUCACAAAUCCAGGUCUCUGUUCAUUUAUUCCACCUUCAUUUCUUCGAGUACUGGAUCUGAGAGACUGCUGGCUUUUAACGAAAGAAGGAAUUUUAAAGUUUUCUAGAAGUUAUCCUCAACUGGAAUUAAGACAUGAAUCACUUGUUAUGAUUUCUGAGGAGCAAACCUUUCAUGGUCAUGGCAAGUUGUUUUCAGGUGAGUCUUUGUAUGCAGCUAAAGUGAAACGGGGAAGAAAACCUGCCAGCAGAAUUUUCUCACCUGUAGCACAUGAUAAUCGGACCCAAAGGAGAUUUGUAGAUGAACGAAUUAAGUACAGUAAAUUGGAAUUAUUGCAGUUUCGAGCAUCCCCCUGUUCUGUUUUGUCCCUGUCCGAAUUGAAUGCGUCUCUACCAGAAUCUUUGGAAAAGAAAUGAUCAGCAAAUGGAAACUAGUUUAUAAUUGCAAGCUUCCACAGCCUUUUUAGUUUUUGUGGGAUUUGCCCUCGAGGAGUAUUAAUUACACAUUAAUAUCAUUUUUCCUUUAUGUAUGUUGCUAAUCAUCACAAGGCAAAGGGGUCUACUUAACCUCAGGCACCUUAAAGGCUUUAAAAUUUUUGUUAAUAGGGAGAGGAGCCGUGAAUACAAUCUACUGGUAUGUGCUUCUCACCACCUAUUGUCUUCACCCAUUGGUAAAGCCUUUGGAGCAUCUAAUGCUUUACAAGUCACAAUUAUACAAUUCUUACCAAUGUGGAAUUAAAGUUUUAAACCAAUUACAACCGAGUCAUAUAUUUGUGGUAAAUAAUGAAAGGCCUUAAUGGGCAUUUUUGGUUA